AUGUUGCGUAUGUUACAAUCUGGUCUUUCGGUCAUCGCGGGGACGGCCGAACCCGAGUACGGGCGGGAGGCGAUUCACACCGUCACCGAUCUGGUGGUGGCGGACUCGUUGCCCGUGUACCGCGAGACCACCGUGGCUGACUUUGAAUGGCAAAAGCCUGGCUACACCAACGUCGAAACCCAGACGUUCUACUUUGUUGACUUGAAGCAAAACAUCCAGGGGUUUGCCCAAGUGAUCCACUCCAAUGUCAUGGGGGUCCACACCACCGCCGCCUUCACAUUUAAGUUUUUCCCCAUCGAUAAGCCCGAAGAACAAAUCUGGACCCAAACCACGUUGGAAAACUUCCGUGCCGAAGGGCCCAAUUUCUACGCCGACAACUUGAGCAUCGAGAUCUCCGGCGACGACACCUAUACCAUCAAGAGUCACGUCAACGAUGACCUGAUUGUCGAACUUGAAGUCAAGCGCAUGACUCCCGGGGUGAUCUUUGGCAAGGACGGUAUGACUUUGUACGGUGACGACAAGGCUAACCCUUGGGGGUCGAUGCGCCAUUUGUUCUGGCCUCGUUGUUCGGUUAAGGGGACGAUCAAGCUGGCGGCGAAGAAGCAGUCGUGGACCAUCGACGGUUUUACCAUGUUUGUCAUGGCCAUCCAGGGGAUGAAGCCCCACCACGCCGCCAAGUCGUGGAACUUCUUGAACUUCCAAUCGGAGAACUUCGCCGCGGUGCAAAUGGAAUUCACCACUCCGCGGUCGUACGCCACCACUAAGGUCAACAUUGGUUUGAUCACUGAUAACGAGAAGAUCAUCACCGCCACAAUCAACAACGAAGUGGUGCACAAAGAUCCCGUGGUUGACGAGGUGGGCUGGCCCGUGCCCAAGGAAAUCGAGUUCAAGUACUUGAAGGACAAAAAGGAAGAAGCCCCCGCCGAAGACGACGUGGUGAUUGCCACCUGUAGCGGUAAGUUGGACUCGUUAGUUGAACGAGUCGACGUCAUGGCCGAAAUCCCCCAGUUUGUCAAGAACAUCGUCUCGGGGGUGGCUGGGGCCAAGCCUUACAUCUACCAAUUUUGCAACGAGUUUGAAAUCGACGUCGAUGGCAAACAAGAAAAGGGCAUUUCUUUCAACGAAGUGACCUUCAUUUCGGAAUAG